ACAAGGAAGAGGCACUGGCCCCGCCCCCUGGUUGAAUCAUCAUGGUGUACGACAAAUUCAUUUUUCAAAACAGCUAUAACUUGUGGAGCAUGUCUUUCAGGAACACCGUACUCGACUUAACUUCUGAGUAGAUGUUUAAAGAGAAGGUGGAGAGAAACCCUGAACCUGAACGAUGAGGCGUCUAUCACGGAAGAAAGCUCUGAGCUUGGUGAAGGAGCUGGACGCCUUCCCCAAAGUGUCAGAGAGCUAUGUGGAGACGUCGGCCUCAGGAGGAACAGUGUCCCUGAUAGCUUUCAGCGCCAUGGCGCUCCUGGCUUUCUUUGAGUUCUUUGUGUACAGAGACACCUGGAUGAAGUAUGAAUAUGCAGUAGACAAAGAUUUUUCCAGUAAAUUGAAAAUAAACAUAGACGUCACAGUAGCCAUGAAAUGCCAGCAUGUUGGAGCAGAUAUUCUGGACCUGGCUGAGACCAUGAUCACGUCCAAUGGCCUCCAGUAUGAGCCUGCUAUUUUUGAUCUGACCCCCCAGCAAAGACUGUGGCAAAGGACGCUGGCUCACAUACAGGGUCGGCUGCGCGAGGAACACGCACUUCAGGAAGUCCUUUACAAAUCACUGCUCAAAGGGGGUCCCACUGCUCUGCCUCCACGAGAGGAGGCAUCGAUAGAGCCGCUCAAUGCUUGCAGGAUACACGGGCAUGUUUACGUCAACAAGGUGGCAGGAAACCUACACAUCACUGUGGGAAAGCCCAUUCACCAUCCUCAGGGUCAUGCCCACAUAGCAGCCUUUGUGAGCCAUGACUCGUACAACUUCUCCCACCGAAUAGACCAUUUAUCUUUUGGGGAAGAGAUACCCGGCAUCAUCAAUCCUCUGGACGGCACAGAGAAAAUCACCUUUAACAAUAACCAGAUGUUCCAGUACUUCAUCACAGUGGUUCCAACCAAACUGAAUACAUACAAGAUAUCAGCAGACACACACCAGUUUUCUGUGACCGAGCGGGAGCGGGUGAUUAACCACGCAGCGGGCAGUCACGGCGUUUCCGGCAUCUUCGUGAAGUAUGACACGAGCUCUCUGAUGGUGACGGUUAGCGAGCAGCACAUGCCACUGUGGCAGUUCCUGGUGCGGCUUUGUGGCAUCAUCGGUGGGAUAUUCUCCACUACAGGCAUGGUCCAUGGGCUUGUCGGCUUCUGUUUCGAUGUUAUCUGCUGUCGCCUCAAACUUGGAGUCUAUAGACCCAGAGAGGAUGUGCAACUCCAAAACCAGAUGAACAAUGUAAACAACCACCAGACUCCUCUGCUGGCUGAAAAUGUCCCAGAGGAGUAGCUGUUUUCCAAAACUGCUGAUUCUGCCUUCUGCAUGUUUUAAUGGCCAGGAGGUGACCAAACAGGUGUCACUGCUUUCUCAUCCCACCGUCAGAGGACAUCCUGUGGUAUUUACAACAUUGUUCUGUGUAUACACUACUGUAUUUUUUAAUUCUCUACAUUACCAUGUGUCAUGAAGAUGUGAUUUUCUACUGAAAAAGCAAAGCUGUCUAUUAAAACAUUGUGCUGUUAACUUAAAA